AUGGCGGGGGAAGUACAUAACCGAGCCCUGUUCGUAACUUCUUCCAUUAAGAACUCCGAAUUCAGGAGAGUUCUCAUAGAUACAGGUGCUUCCACAAAUCUCGUAACCAUGAAAACUCUCAAGGAGGCUAAAGUUCCGCAAAGCAAGAUCGUUCAUCAUCCCAUAUUGAUGACGGGUUUUGAAGGAAUCCAGAGCCACACAUACGGGUAUGUCUAUGUCGAUCUGAAAGUAGGGCCAAUUCAAUCCACUGUCAAGUUUCAUGUGAUUGAUAAAGACCAUGAUUAUCACAUGAUACUCGGAAGACCGUGGCUUCAUGACAAUAAAGUUUUUCCUUCGACGUACCAUCAAUGUAUAAAAGCUUUGGUCAACAAUAAAAUUGUCCGCAUCCCAGCCUCAGUGUCUCCUUAUGCUCUGGUUUAUGAUGCUAAGUUCUUAGAAUCUCCAAAAAGCAUUCCCCAACCUCCGUGCAAGAUCUGUAGUACUCCGCUCCCAAAUUGGAAAUCUGUUGAGAAGGCUGACAAAUCAUCAUCAACAGAUGCUAAAUCCUCCAAACUGUCUAUUAAACUACUCAAGCGGCGUCAGGGUAAAGGUACGAAUCAUAAAGAGUCCAACUUUAUUACUGAUUAUGAUGCAUAG